AUGGGUGAAAAACGUUCCUCUAAUGAUCAGAAUGAUGCAAGAAAAAAGAAAAAAUUUAAAAUUUCCUCAGGAUUUCUAGAUCCUGGUACUUCAGGGAUAUAUGCCACUUGUGUUAGAAGGAAAGAACGUUUGGCAGUGCAGGAAUUAGGUUUAUUUCUGGAAGAAAAGGUCGAAGAAGUUUACAAGGAUGACUUGGAACAAUUAAGAAAAGAAAAUGAUGAGAAUGAUGAAGAAUCAGAGGAGGAGCUAUCUAUCGAGAACCAAAUUCAGAAAGAAUUAGCUGAAUUGAAGAAAGCUGAAGCUCUAAAGACCAAAGAAGAGAAAAAGAAGGAACUUCUGAAAUUUAUUGAUUUGAAUUGUGAAUGUGUGAUCUUCUGCAAGACUAAACGUCCCAUCGAUCCAGAACAUUUAGUUGCCAAGAUCAUGGAAGAAUCCGCUGAUCCUUCGAAUAAAGUGAAAAGAACAAGAUAUAUCAAUAAACUAACACCAAUUACGUAUUCCUGUAGUGCUUCCAUGGAACAAAUUACAAAACUUAUUGAAAAGGUGGUUUUACCACGUUUCCACGAACAGAAGGAUCCAAAAGCAUUGAAAUUUGCUGUGGAGAUUAAUAGAAGAAAUUUCAGUACGAUACCAAAGAUGGAUAUCAUCAAUCAAGUUGUCAAGAUGAUUACCAAAGGUGGUGAAUAUCCCCAUAAAGUUGAUUUGAAAGAAUACGACUUCUUGGUCAUUGUUGAAUGUUUCAAGAAUAAUGUUGGUAUGUCCGUAGUUAACAGUGACUAUGUGAAGAAGUAUAGAAAAUACAACCUUCAACAGAUUUACCAGGCAAAAUUUAAAGAUGACGAUGUUUCCCAGUAA